GCAUCAGACAGGGUUCUACGACCAAUGAUUUUAACGAAGCAGCUAGAUUUAGCUUCGGGAUCUUCAGUCACUACACCAAGAAUAAACUUAGUGAAAGAACUAGAAAAAUUCAACCGAGAAAUGUCUAGGAAGGCUAGUGAGACAACCGAGGCAAAACCUGUGACCACAUCUUCAUCAGAGAGUGUAACAGUAGAGAAACCACCUACACCGACCCCUGUGCGAUCUGUGUCUAGACCUAACAUCCUAAGAGGACGUCCACAUUAUCGCCCUCAAAAGCGUUCAUCUUCUCUUGAUUCUGCAUCGGUAGCCUCUACAUCAACAACAACAACAACGACAACAACCUCUUCAUCACCAGCAUCAGAAUCAUUGUCAAAAGUAAUAAAGUCUGCUGCAAUAGCAUCUCGAAUUUCAUCAUUGGUAGAGAAGAACAAUGAUGUCAUGAAAUUUUCGCAAGACCUGAUUCAGUCAAAAUCGGAAGUGCGAUUCUUGAAAGGGGACCAAACACCAGUUUGUGCGGAUGCUGUGCUGACUAUUCCAAACCCAUCAUUCUUCGCGAGAACAUCAAAUGAAUCUACUUGUGUAUCUAGUGAAGUGUCAAAUUCUGAACCAAUAGUUUCUUCUGCUGUUUCAAAUAUACCUGUGUAUACUAAAGCAAACAUUAAUAACAGGAUACCUGAAGCUACAACUGCACCGGUAAUGCUGUCAAAAAAAGCUCAAAAUAUUCAAAAUUCAAAUAAUAAAAUGGUUAUAGGUAAUGUUUAUAAGACUUCAGUUGUAUCAGAUCCAACAGCUUUGCCAGUGUUGAUGCCAGUUGCAACAGAUAAAGCAUUUCCAGCCAGUCCAGAUGAUGUUGUUCUACCUGCGGGAAAAGGAAGUAACUCCGCGCCCUGUAGUCCUAGACACCGUUCAGAAUCACCUGACCGCAUGCUGCAGCUAUCACCAAGCUCACUGCCUGACCGUCUUCCCGAAGAACCUGAAACAUCUGCUCGGGAAGAAGCCGCAGACACCCUGCUUCAGUUGUCUCAGGAUUUUGUACCUCUCACACUUGGCAAUGUCAGUUUACUUGCUGCUAACCGUGAUCUUCUGACCUGUCCUACCCCAGGUUGUGACGGUUCCGGGCAUGUUUCCGGAAAUUAUAGUUCACACCGUAGUUUGUCUGGUUGCCCAUUGGCUGAUAGAGCAACAGUACAGGCCAAUCAGGUGGAACAGAAAUGUCCGACACCAGGAUGUGAUGGGUCAGGUCACGUGACGGGGAAUUACACAUCUCAUAGAAGUUUGUCAGGAUGUCCGAGGGCGGCAAAGCUUAAGAAAAUAUUUGGUAAAGAGAUUGAAAAACGAGAUGAUGAGCCAUUGAGAUGUCCUAUUCCAAACUGUGAUGGGUCAGGUCAUAUAACUGGAAAAUAUCUGUCUCAUAGAAGUGCCUCAGGUUGUCCACUUGCCAAUAGAUUUAAGCUUCAACGUAACAUUUUCCCAGGAAUUGACAGUAAUAGUGGUGUGGAUAUAUCUGCAGCCCUCAAGAUGGAACCUUGUGUUUGUCCAACACCUGGAUGUGAUGGGUCAGGUCAUGCCAAUGGUAACUUCCUGUCACAUCGAAGCUUGUCAGGUUGUCCACGAGCCACUCAAGCCAUGAAGAAGGCCAAGCUGAGUCCAGCAGAGAUGGCUGUACUCCAACAAAAGGUGGAGAAUGGUGAAGAUUUAAAUGAAGACAGAGAGCUAGAGGCAAUGGAUUGUGAAAUUAAAGAGUUAAAAACAGCCAACCUUACAGAAGAGUCACAGAUUAUAAAGCUGAAGGCAGAGAUUGCUUGUAUGGAAGUCAAGAUCCAGCAGAACGAGCACGAGAACUCCGUCAUUGACAUUCAGAACCAGCAACUGAAGGACUAUCUGCAGACGGUACGAUGUAAAAUCAUCGCCAGUCUUAACUGUGUCCGAUUUCCUGCCGUCGAGGAAGUUUUCCGAGAGGAAAAUUUUGAUAACUGCCUGAGUAUGAUACAUCAUCUGUACGCAUCUAGAGGCUCUACGGGAGAUUAUUACUUACAGAAUACAAUAAAAUUAGCUUUGUCGGACAUUCCAGUGGCCUAGAAUAUAAUCAUUACAAUUAGAAAUUAUUAAAUAACUUAUUACAUUUGGUUGUCACUAAUUUUAUAAGUCACAGUAGUUUAAGAUUUCUGUUUAGGAUUUAUUUAUUCGCUAAAAAGUCUAGAAUGUUUUUCACUCACUUGGUAACUGAAAGUGGCUUUCUGAUAGAUUUGGUCUGUUGCCACAAGAAUGCCAGCUUUGUGAAAAUGAACAGUAGAGGUAGUUAAUUUAUUUUUAUAACAAGUGUAAUUCAUGUACUUGUUAAUGCUUUCUAAAUGUGGUCAGGAACUGAUGUUUUAAUAUGUUUAUUUUUUUGAACUGCUGUGUUUUUUUAGUCAGAUAACUGGCAGAAUUGUUUUGGAUUCAUAAAUGUUUAACCUGUUGUUUGUGUUAUUGUUUGUGAUGUUAGUCUACAAGUUUUAUUUAUAUGUAAACCAUUUAUGUGGUGCUUUAGAAGGUAGGCUUGAAUAUAAUAAUGUUAUUUAUAACCAUAGAGAAUUGCUGGGAAAGUACAAAUGUAUAAAAAUUGUGGUUUUUAUUAACAUAAGUUAUUUAACAGGUGCUUUGAUAACGAACAUUGGGAGAUCAAGAUUUUUUUUGUUAUUACAUGUAUAUUAUUAUGAAUAUUUAUUAACCCUUGUUUCACAAUGGUGCUUGAAUUUGGUUAAGUUUCCAUACUCACAUGAUAUUGAUGGCCAACCAAACAUUAUUAUGUAUUAUUAUAGCAACAUUUUCAAUUAUUUUUUAACCAUGUUUAGAAGGGUAAGGGCAGAUAACUUAUGAUGUUUCAAUAAGUUUAAUUGUCCAUUUUGUGGAGUAGACCCCUAAAGACUGUUAGAAAGAUUUCAAGAUUUUGUUUUUCAAUUAAUUCACAAUACUAGUAAAUAUGAGGUGAAUAACAAAUUACAAAAAGUUUAUGAGGUUAAUAUAACUCACAUCUUAUAAUAUUCUUUCUACAUAGACAGGAGAAAGUACAUUUAUACAAAAUGAAAUAAAUUAUUUAAAAAAAAAAUUACAUAUGUACAGGACUGCUAUUUCACGGUUUUCAAUUAAAUUGGUUGUAAAUUUUAUCAUAUAACUGACUAUUUCAUUAAUUGAUCUACUUUAAAAUGGGUAUCCUUCAAGGGUAUCACAUACACACUUGUCAAAAUACAGAGUUUGCUAUACACAUAUUCAUCCUUGUGCAACUUUUAUCAUGUUGUCAAAAAAAUGAAAAAUGAGCCGCGUCACGACAAAACCAACAUAAAGUGUUUGCAACCAGCAUGGAUCCUGAUCAGACUGCGCGGAUGCGGAGGCUGGUCUGGAUCCAUGCUGGUCGCAAACCCAUUAUGUUGAUUUUGUCAUGGCGCGACUCAUUAAUGUUUAUCAUUGAUGCCAAAUUUCUUAAGAAAGGUUCUUCUUUUUGGAUGCCAGAGGAAGCAACAAUUUUAAAACACAUUUGUAUUGUUCUGUUAUAUUUUUCUUUAUUGUUUAUGAUUAAAUUCAUGUUAAUACAUUUUGAUGAUAUAUAAAUAUAGAAAGAAGGGUUUUUUUAACAUUUGAUGAUCAAUUAUAGAAGGGUUCUUUUGAAGUUGUCAGAGUUUUAUAUGAACAAAUAUCCUGGACCGAUCAAAUGUCUCUACAUAGAAUAUAAUGUUAAUUUAUAAAGUGAUAUGUGAACCUGUCAUACUGUGAAUUCACUUAAUGUCGUGGACAUGAAAUUUCGUGGUUUUGUCAUAAACAACAGUUUUUCGUGGGUAUUUGAAUUUAUUUACAGUUUAUUUUUCCAGAAGAUAAAAUGUAAAUAAUGUGAUGUAAAUUAAUCAUACAGCAGACAAAAUAAAAUUUCAUUUGAUCUUAAAUUUGUGGAUUGACCUAUCCACAAAAAUUAGUUCCCCACAAAUAAUAAUGAUUUUGCAGUUUUGUCUGUCUCCAUUUUACUUGUUAUUUUUAUUGAGGAUGUUUUUUUAAAUUUUUAUAAACAAGAUUUGCAGGUAUUGUAUUAUUAAAUUAUUUAAAUGGUCUAUUUAUAAAGUUACUGUUAAUAUUGUGCAAUAGUUGUGGGGUUAGUGCUUUUUGUGUUAUUUAUACAGUUAGUUGUUUUUGUUGUCAUUGUUUAAUAUAUACAAGUGUUUGUAAUAUUUAUUUAUUUAAGUUGGUGUUUUAACAUGUGUAUACUUUAUUGUUGUUUUUUAACCAGGCCUUUUUACUGAACAAAAAAAAACUGGUUUUGAUCAUUUAAACAUUAUUGGCAGAAAUUGUAGUUCUACGACAGUUUACUGCAUACAAAACAAAAUAUAAGUAAUAAUAAUAACAGAUGUGGGAGGUACCUGACCAAAUCCCAUUAUUCUGGAACAAAUAAAAUUAAUCAUCUGAAAGUGCUUUCAAGUUAUAUUUUAAAAAAUGGGACCAAUGGUAUUGAAUUUCCUGCAGGAAUUUUUAUCUUGACCAUGUUUUAAUUAUCAAGUUCUCUCCUUAUAAAUGUUAUUUUUGUCCAUGUCUUAUUUGUAUGACUUUAUGAAAUAAUUAUUCCAUGUUUUUUGUGUUUUUUUUUAAAUAUUAUGUAAAACCGGUACUAGUAAAUUUGUUGGGAGAAUGAUGAUCUGUUAAAAUCUCAAGAGUGUAAAAACUUCAUAUGUUAUAUACAUUAAUCUUAUCACAAUGUCCGUUAAACUGUUUUAAUUGAUUCAGAUUUACACUGUCCUGAUAUUCAUUGAAAUGUCUCAUUUUAAUUUAAAUUAUUUUUGUGUAUAUUUCUAUACUUGUAUGUGCAAUGUUGUGUCGUGCAAUAUAUCUGGUCAUAAAUUUUAUACCAGGGAUUAUUUGGAAAUAAAUUUAUCAAACUGUU